CCCCACGGCAAUCAAACUUCUGCGAUAAGGGAAUCGCAGUAAAGAGCGAGCGGAUUGUGAGAGUUUCACUCUGAGAUCCUCAAUGGUCACCAACACACACGUCCUGGCCCUUCUGGCUCUGACAGCAUCCGUGGUAUAGACAGUGACCGACCGUCCGGAUUUGUAUUGAUUGGUCUUUUUUUUUUUUUUUUUUUUUUUUUUAAAUUUUGUUCUCCUCAGCAGCCCAUGCAAGGCUGCAUCAACACGUACACCCAGGUUCUAACUGUCUGACAAUCAUCGGUGACAGGCGGCGGUCCGCUGUACAAAUGUUGGGAGACAAGGCUCAAGGUGUGACUCUGAAGGUUAUGGAAUACACAUACGACGAUGACCUGGAAGAGCUGUGUCCUGUGUGUGGAGACAAAGUGUCUGGAUACCACUACGGCCUGCUCACCUGCGAGAGCUGCAAGGGGUUCUUCAAGAGGACGGUGCAGAACAACAAGCGGUACACAUGUGCGGAGAACCAGGAGUGUAAAAUAGACAAAACCCAGAGGAAGAGAUGUCCUUUCUGUCGCUUCCAGAAGUGCCUCAGCGUCGGGAUGCGGCUAGAAGCGGUGCGCGCGGACCGCAUGCGUGGGGGGAGGAAUAAAUUUGGUCCCAUGUACAAGAGAGACAGGGCCUUGAAGCAGCAGAAGAAGGCUUUAAUACGCUCCAACGGCUUUAAGCUGGAGAGCGUAGCUCCUCCGCCGGCCUCUCCUCUGCAGACUGACUACGGCUUCACAGGCACCCUGCACAGCCUGCCCACCAUCUCCAAAAGCCUGCUCCCCUCCACCCCGAGCUCCAUCACCCCAACAGACUACGAAGCCAGCCUCUAUGGACCCCCAUCCUUGGGCAUGGCCAUGCAGUCUCAUGUGCCCCUCACCACUCAAUACCAGUACACAACCUUCCCCGGCCGGGCGAUUAAAGCAGAAUGCCCCGACUACACCAGCUCCCCCGAGUCUCUGACAGGAUACCCCUAUCCAGACAUGUACCCCUCUGCCUCACCGCAGCCGCCCAGCCUGCCACCGCUGGUGCUGGAGCUGCUGCGCUGCGAUCCAGAUGAGCUGGUGGUGCAGAAUAAAAUUGUCACUCAUCUGCAGCAGGAGCAGAGUGGUCGGGGCCGACUGGACAAGCCCAGCACCUUCAGUCUAAUGUGUCGCAUGGCAGACCAGACUCUCUUCUCCAUAGUGGAGUGGGCCCGGAGCUGCAUCUUCUUCAAGGAGCUCAGGGUGGGAGAUCAAAUGAAGCUGCUGCAUAACUGCUGGUCUGAACUUCUGGUCCUGGAUCACAUUUUCAGACAAGUGCAACAUGGACAGGAAGACAGCAUCCUGCUGGUGACUGGCCAGGAGGUCGAGCUGUCGUUCAUCCUGUCCCAAUCUGAAGCAACUCUGUCCAGUCUGGUCCAGAGAGGUCAGGAGCUGGCGGUGAGGCUGCGGGCACUGCAGGUGGACCGCAGAGAGGUCGCCUGUCUGAAAUUCCUCCUGCUGUUCAACCCCAAUGUGAAGCUGCUGGAGGAUCAGGCGUUCGUGGAGGGCGUCCAGGAGCAGGUGAAUGGGGCUCUGCUGGAGUACACCCUGUCCACCUACCCACAGUUCCAGGAGAAGUUCAGCCAGCUGGUCAUGCGGUUGCCAGAGCUGCGCUCCCUCAGCACGCAGGCCGAGGACUACCUGUGUUACAUGCAUCUGAGCGGGGAGGUGCCCUGCAACAACCUGCUCAUUGAGAUGCUGCAUGCCAAGCGGGCGUGUGUGUGAGGGACGCACCCAGAAUGCUCCACCAUCAUGUGUUAUUUCUCUAGGUGAGAUUGAGUGUGUGGGAGGCAAAGUGUGAGUGAGAUGAAAAAAAUCAAAUGAAGAUGGACAGGUUUAUAUUUGGGUGGGCUCAUCAUUGAGUUAGAGAGGAGAAAAUGUUCUUUAGAGUUUGGAAUUAUAAAGCUCCAUCUUUAUACAAGGCUCAUAUAAGGAUUCACGCUUUCAUAUCUUGCAGAGCUGCAUAAUGUGACCAUUAUAAACUGCAUUUUCUACCCUGUUUUCAAAAAAGCUAAAAUUAGAUUUGCCUGCAGAGUUAUGUUAAAUCCUCUUUGACCAAAUAUUGCAUGAAUCCAAAAUCACAGGCACAAUUUUCUACAUCAUCCACGGAGCUGCCCAGCAUACAUUCAGACUGAGAGGAGCAGGCAACAGCCUGCAUCAGUGCUCAGCAGUUAUGAAAAUAGGGUGUGAGGAUGACUGUUGAGAUAUCCAUAGCUGCAACCUGCAUCAUUUUAAAACAGCCACACCUAAACACCUUACAGAUUUCACUACAAAACGGUUUUGUUGACUGCUUUGAUUGAAAUCCUUUUGUCGGAUUGGGUGCUGGCCAGUGUGAAGAUGAACUGGUAUCAUCUGCUGAAUGCUUGCUGGGUGAGCUAAUGUGAACUUUUUAUGGCCGAUUUUGUAGCCUCUUUUGAGAAAUCAAAUUUUAGUAUUUUGAACGAGCUAUUUUUGAUCCAAACGUAAGAUGCAACUUUAUGAUUCCAAGGCCACCAAAACUGUUGUGUGGUAAUUAUUAUUAUUAUUAUUAUUAUUAUUGUUGUCAUUAUUUUUAGAUGAAAACAGACUUCAGGAUAACAUGACACACUGUGGUCUCGUUAGACUACACUAGCACUGUUUCAUAUAUCUGCACUGAUUGUUCUCAUCAACAACCUUACAAAAAACCCAAAUAUGAAAGCUCUAUGGGGUUCAUUGUGACUUGUUUUAACCUAUUUAGAUGUUAAUAUACUGAUAUAUCAAAGCCAUACACAUAGUGAUGCUUUGUAGGUAAAGAAGUGAAAGGAAAAAGAGAGAAGAGUAAAGAAAGGAGGGAAAUAAAUGUCCAAAUGGUAAGGGAGAGAAGGAUGACUAGCCAGUAUUUUUAAGUUAACAUGUAAAGCAAAAGGAAGCUUCUUCUGUAGGUGUUUGCACCCUGGUUUUCACAGGAGAACCAGACAGAGACGACACAGGGAGGAAAAAGAUGGAUCUGGCAACAUUUGGUUUCAAGUUUCUUUAUAUAAUUGAAUUUAUUUAUGGGUCAAUGCCCAAGAAACAACAGACCCUGACAAAUGACAAAUCACGUUCACUCCUAUAUUAUGUCACUCUUAAACACACUGUAUUAUAUGUGGAACAGGGAUUGACUGAUCUGAGUGUGUGGAGGCUGAAACUGAAGCUGCUGCAAGAUGUUUUUUUUUUAAUACACACAAGUAAAAUGGUUACAUUUUCCAGAGGUAUACUUUCGUGUAAAUAAUGUUUAUGCUUAUUUUUUUCUUAUUGUCAAAAGAUCUCAUGAAAUGACCAAAACCAGCAAUGUGUUUCUGACUACUCCCUUGUCUGUCUUUGGCUCUCAUGUUUAGGCCUGUUGGUUCCUGCAGAAUACAUAUACCCUAACCUUUAAAAGCUGCUGACAAUACAUUGGUAUAUUCUCAAAAAUGACUAAAAAGGCUGGACACUGAAUCUUAGUAACCAUUACUCAAAGAAAAGAAAUGGUGUAUUUAUUGGGAACUGUUUCAUACUAAUGUAUGAAACAUUGGUAAUAACCAGUCAUCAAAUGCCUCCAAAAGAAAGCACAGUUUCACUGUUAACUGUUAAGUGUUAAACCCUGAACUCCUCCCUCUUCAUGUUACUGCAUAUGUGAACCAGUAACACUGACGCAACAGCUGUGCACUGAUGAGCAUAUGCCAAAGCUUUUAGCCCUUCUUUAUCCUCAGUGAGCUCUACACAGUUGAAAUGGCAGCAUCACGGGUGCACAUGUUAAGUAUGAAGCAGCAUUGCUGCUGCUGUUGUUGAACAUGUGGGCAUGUCUUUGUCAGUGGCUGAAAACAAGACAGCAAUGAUAGUGAUUGUUGAUUUGCCUUUUCUUUUACUCUUUUAAUUUCUUAUUUUUUAAUAGAACUGGUCAAUUCAUCCUUUUACCCUGAAAUCAUGUUGAUAUUAACCAGUUUCUGUUUGGAGUUAUUUUGUUUUCUACAGCUCAAAAAAAGAUAUGUUGAAUUAAUUUUAAAGCUGUCGCAUUGAGCUCAUGUUUUUUGUUGAUUCUGAUUGCCCAUGUGGACAAACCCGAUUUGAGUGCCAACUCUUCCUCUGACAAAGAUCUUGAUCUGGCAUGCAUUUGAGAUGGAGGCUAGACUGAACUUUUUUUUUUUUUUUCAACACAGCUGUUUACAGGAUGCAUUGUGAUGAGCUAGUAUGUAUUUGUAGCUAUGUAACAUUUAAUAAGUGUAAAUGAUGAUGGUGAAACAAAGUUAACUUUGUUUCAUCACCAGACGACAGAACAGCUUCUUUCCUCAGACUGCGAGCCUCCUCAUUUCAUCAUCAGCACUUCACCAUGAAAAAUCAUUUUCAUUUUUUGACCUGAAAAUCCAGAAUCUAACCUUUUAACAGGCAUUGAAAAAUAAGUAUAAUAACUAGAAAUAGCUAAUCCUCUCACUGAGGGUCUUGUUUGCUUACAUAGGUCAUAUAGAGGCAUCUGUGUUGUUCAGACUGAGACUGUUUCAAAAUUUAAAAACAUGACUUACAACAAUCUGUACAGUUUGCUAUAUCUUAUCCACAUCUGUCGCCAUAUUUACAUGAGUUUUUCUGAUGCUUAUUUUCCUGGAUGUGGCUAGGUAGCUAGCUGGCUGUGUAGGAGGACAUCUGUAAUCUUUAACCUGCCUACUGUGCUCAGAUUGGUUAACUGUCUCUCAAACUGGUGGAAUUAGCAGUUUGUGAACACAAUCCUCGACUGUUUUUAAUCACUUUAAAAAUGACAGAUAAGUGGUUCAGAGUUGUGGAAUAAGACUCGAGAGAGACAGUAUUUCAUACACAAAAUUAUUUUUUGUUUAUUUGACCAUUUUAUGUCUCUAUAGAUGAGUGAAUGAAUAAAUGAAUGAAUGAGUGCAUAAACAAACAAACAAACAAAUAAAUAAACAACUUAGUGUUGGCAUUUUACUCUUGCCAGGUUGAUGAUGGUUACAAUCAUGGGUCACUAAAUCUAAAAUA